CACCAAGGAUGGGAGCUGUAGUGCAGCGUCCAGCUCUCCUGCUGCUCUCAAUACUCCUGCCUCUGAUGAAGACCAAGACCCAUAGUGGCGCUGGGUCACACUCGCUGCGGUAUUUCGUAACCACGACUGCAUCUCGAACUGGUCCUCAAGGUCUCAAAGUCUUCGCUGUUGGCUACGUGGAUGACACGCAAAUCCUGCGCUUCGAAAGUGACAUGGCUACUAAGAUGGAACCGCUCGUGCCCUGGGCGAGGCUGAUGGGCAGGGAUUAUUUGGAGUGGGAGAGAGUAGGUAUGGAGAGAUAUUCACACAAUGCCCGAGAAAAUGUGAGAUUUGCACUCCGGAUCUAUAACCAGAGCAAUGACGGCUCUCAUACCUUCCAGUGUUUCAUUGGUUGCGACGUGGGUCCAGACCGACUCUUCCUCCGAGGGCACUAUAGACAUGCCUUUGAUGGCCGUGAUUACAUCAGCCUGAACGAGGACCUGAGAACUUGGACUGCCGCAGACAAGACGGCUCAGAUCACUCAGCGACAGUGGGAGGAAAAAAAGGUAGCACAGGAUUGGAGGCUCAUCUUGGAGGGCCAGUGCGUUGCUUGGCUACUCAGACACCUGGAGCUAGGGAAGGAGACUCUGCAGCGCUCAGACCCUCCAAAGGCACAUGUAACUCAUCACCCCAGACCUGAAGGUGAUGCCACCUUGAGAUGCUGGGCCAUCAGAUUCUAUCCAUCUGAGAUAACCCUAACCUGGAAGAGGGAUGGGGAAGACCAGACCCAGGACAUGGAGCUGGUGAACACCAGGCCUGCAGGAGAUGGAACCUUCCAGAAGUGGGCAGCUGUGGUAGUACCUUCUGGAGAGGAGCAGAGAUACACAUGCCAUGUGAACCAUGAAGGGCUGCCUGAGCCCCUCACACUGAGAUGGGAGCCACCACCUCCUUGGCCCACAAUUGGAAUGACUGUUGGUGUGGUUCUCCUUGGAGUUGUGGUCACUGGAGCUGUGGCUGCCCUUGUGAUGAUGAGGAAGAAAAGUGCAGCAUCUCACACUGGAUCCCAGGCUGGUAUUGGUGAAAUUAUUUUGGCCACUCCACGUAGUUAAAAGGAUAUUUAUUUAAUGGCAU